CCUUGCAACUCGGCCCCACACCCAAUCACCAGUCUCCUAGUGGAAGCUCUGGGUCGUCCUCGGCCUCCACAGCCGACUUGUUUGUUCAGGGCCCACAGAAAAGUGACGACCCUGGCUCAGGACAGGGUGCGUUCUGGGUCUUGCCCGCUCCAAAGCCUCCAUCUGGCCCUCCUCUCGGCUUCCCGUCCCGCCUCACCCCUUUGCUUCCUCGGUUGCGCUCGUCUUCUCAUCAUCGUUGCAGCCCGCAGCUACGAACAUCCCCACGCAUCCAUGGCCGAUCCAAUGUCCUCCACUGCGCGGGACUCUGGGAGCGAGUUCGAGUCCGAUCUUGAAUCGGAUCUCCCGUCCUCUUCCCACUUCCGCACCACAGCCGGAAGUUUUGUCAAAAACUCGAGCGAUAUCGACUACAGCAGCGAGGAAGACGACGAAGAUGAGAUCGAUAUCGACGACGACGAUGAUGACGACGAUGACGACGAUGAUGAUGACGAUGACGAUGACGAUGACGACGCAAAGCUUAUUCACAAGAUGACUGCCAAGGAGCAGCUCAAGCGCAAGAGCCGCAUCGAAAACAGCGAAAGCGACUCUGAGAGUAGCGCCGACACCGCCCAGCAGCCCCCCAAGCGGCUCUUGACCAAAUAUGCCGGCAAAUUGGUCCGUGGAUCCACAUCCACAUUUGCAAAAUCGAGGCUGUCGCGCUCCACAACAAUCGAAGACGAGGAGGAAGACGUCGAUAUCGAUGGCGAUGGCGAUCAGGCGAGCGGAGCAGCUCGCCAGAGCUUGGGCAGCGCACAGAAAGGAGCCGGCCUCAACAGCGACAGCGACUCCUCCAGCGACGAGGACUUUGGGCCCACGGAUCUCCAGAGCAGCUCCUCCGAAGGCGGGUCGAUGAACGAGGAUGUGGACGAGGACGAGGAGGAUGACGAAGAAUCAAUCUUUGAUCGACUUGACCGCAAGAUCUAUAGGGACACCGCCUCGAAGAAGCACAGCCGGCUUGAAGCCGUCGCUGGGUCCCUGGCGGCGCCCCAUGGCUCAUCCAAAGACGUCUCG